CUCUCACUCCACACCACCACCCCUCUGGUCAGCGCAGUCCGCUACUGCAGCCAGCCAUGGCUUAUGUGUCGCUCUGUCGUGCGCUGUACGACUACACGGCCUCGGCGGAGGAUGAGCUGAGCUUUGCCGAAGACGCUUUGCUGUACGUCGUCGAGGCCGACGACGAGGAAUGGUGGAAGGCCAAGCUCAAGUCGGGCGAGUCGGCCCAGGAAGAGGACGGCCCAAUUGGCCUGGUGCCUGCCAACUAUGUCGAAGAGGCCGAACCGAUCAGAGUCAGCAGAGCACUUUACGACUACGAUGGCACAAACGACGAUGAAUUGUCCAUUAAGGAGGACGAGCUAUUGAGCAUAUUCGAGACAGACGGCGAUUGGCUGCUUGUCAAGAAGCAGACGGCCCAGGGCCAGAUCACAGGCAAGCUGGGCUUUGUGCCUGCCAACUAUGUUGAUGAGGUUGAGGCAGUCGACGGCGUCACCUCUCCCAUGGGGGGUGCCGCGGAGGAAGAGGAGCCGGAAGAGGAGCAAGUAGCACCGACAGCGAUCGCUGCCGCACCGGCUCUUCCGCAAUCAACAUCGAUGCCAAAGGUCAAGAACGACGAGAUCAAGAUGUGGGGCGUCUCGGAGCUGGAUAAGAAGAAGAAGAAAAAGAAAGGAACGUUGGGCAUUGGCAACUCGUCGCUCUUCUUUGCCUCGGAAUCCGACAAGGCUCCUGUUCAGAAGAUCAGCAUUCUCUCCAUCGUCGGCCACUCCAUCGAAUCCAAGGGCAAGCAGCUCAAUCUGAUCCUUGAUGACGACGCGGCGAAGAUGAUUGAAGCCGGCGAGGACAAGACAAUCCGAUUCGUUUUUGGUAAGAAGGACGAGGUCGAGGAUGUGUGUGCCAAAAUCGAAGACAGCAAAUCGAAAGUCGGCACUGGCGAAGAAGGGCCGUCUUCAGAGGCACCGGCGGCGAACGGUACGACUGCCCUGCCACCUCCCCCUCUGCUUCCCGGACAGCAAUCGGUGGUUGCAUCGGCAGCGCAGCCUGUUCUGCCACCUCCGACACGCACCGCCGCCCCCAUUCUGCCACCUCCGCAGAGAGCGUCCGUUCCACAAGCAUCGUCAUCGCCUGCCCCACCACCAGCGACGUCCAAUGGAGCCGCGAGUGGCGCUGAGGAAGAACCUGCAAUCGCCCUCUACGAUUUUGAAGCUCAAGGUGAUGAUGAGUUGUCAGUAGCCGAAAACGAGGAGCUUGUUCUGGUGGAGCGAGAGAACGAGGACUGGUGGAAGGUGCGAAACACGUCGGGUCAAGAGGGCGUCGUUCCUGCAAGCUACGUUGAGGUCACUGGGCCCGCCGACCAAGGUGGUGCGAGCAAGGGUGCCGCUGCCAAUGGGGCUGCCGGUGGAGCGGCAGCAGCAUCUGCGACAGCAGCGGCUGCAGCUGCAGCUGCGAAAGCACAGCAGGAAGAGGAAGAGGAAGAAGAGCGAAGACGCGCUGCGGAGGAAGAAGAAGAGAGGGCGGAGAGAGCCCGAAUGCAAGAAGAGAGGCGACAGAAGCAAGAAGCUCAACGCCGUGCCCGCGAGAAGGAGGAAGCACGACGCGAAGCCUUGAAAUCGCAGCCGGCUCCCGCUCCCCCAAAGGCUCCCCCCACGACUGCCACCACCGACUCGGUGGCGGCAAGGGAUGUUUCGAUUCCAAAGGAUCGGUCCGCUCCCUCGAGGCCGAAGGACGGCGGUGGACGCUCGAAGCCUUCACCUGCCCGCACACGAAUUUGGCAUGACAAGACGGGCCAAUUCAAGGUCGAAGCCGAGUUCCUAGGCUUUAAUCAGGGCAAGAUCCGUCUGCACAAGCUCAAUGGCGUCGUCAUUGAGGUUGCUGUCGAAAAGAUGAGCCAUCCCGACAUCCAGUAUCUCGAAGACGUGACGGGGAGACGACUCAAACCCGCAGGAGCAUCUUCUCCCUCUACUUCCCGAAGAUCAACUGCUGCUGACGACCCAAGAAGGGCCGAAAGGGAAAGAGAGAGAAGGCGAGAAAAAGAGCAGGAGCACAGGCGCCGCGAGCAGGCGGCGAGGGGACCGAAGCGCAACAUCGACUGGUUCGAGUUCUUCCUUGCUGCCCAGGUCGACGUCGACGACUGCACGCGGUACGCAGCUGCUUUUGAAAGGGACAAGAUCGACGAGAGCGUGCUCCCAGACAUGGAGCCUAGUGUUCUGCGCUCAAUCGGGCUUCGAGAGGGCGACAUCAUCCGCGUGAUGAAGUUUAUUCAGCGCAAAUACAAGCCUCAGCAGCAGUCGUCGUCGUCAUCCUCUAACGAUAUUGCUUCCCAGAUGAAGAACGAUGAGGCAUUGGCGAGAAAGCUUCAACAGCAGGAGCAGGAGGCUCGUCGCACGGGCACGUCGCCCUCGCCGGGUCUCUUUAGCGGACCCGAUGGCAGCCUCAAGAACAACACGAGACGAGGUAGGCCAACCCCGAGCAACAGCACAGCCAGGACUCCCAGUGGUGGAGUCGAUGCCGCUUCGCUGGCUGCUGCUUCGGAGAGCCUGGCCCGGACGACGAGCCCUAUAUCUCGAUCAGCGACGACGAGUCCGACGGAGGUCCGUAGAGAUGCGCCUGCAGCCGCAGUAUCGCCAACCAUUGCGAAGGCUUCUGGCUUUGAUGACGAUGCGUGGACGCCUCGACCCUCAAGCACGAAGCCUGCUACGCCAAAGCCUGCUACGCCGGCACCGGCUCCUGCUGCUGCCGCUUCGCCUGCACCGGCCGCUCCAACGCCUCCGCCACCUCCGCCGGCCCCUGCUGCGGCACCUGCUGCAGUCUCUCCCGCUCCGGUUGAGACGAAGCCGCCGCCGGACCCAAACAGUGCGCUGUUCGACAAGCUAGCAAACAUGAAAGCGUCAUCGCCCAGUCCUCAGCAGAGGCCAGGUGCGUCGCCAAGCAACGGUUCAGCGCUGAACUCGUACAAUGGGCCUCGAGGGCCCUACGCGCCUGUCCCGCAGAACCAGGGUCUUCUCCAGCCCUUGAUUGGCACCCAGGGCACCGGUCAGUUCCUCCCAACGAGCAUGCAGCCUCAACAGACGGGCAUGAUGGGUAUGCAGCCCCAGCAAACCGGCUUUGGCGGCGGGUGGCAGCAGCCGCAGUCCACCGGCUUCGGAGGAUUCGCCCCUCAGCAGACGGGCUUCCAAGCACAGUACCAGCAGCCGCCCCAGUUCCAGCAACCCCAGCAGACUGGCAUGACAAAUAUUUCUGGCUUUGCGGGUCAGAUGGCGAGCGGUCCCACUUCUCCGCAACCUCAACAGCCGCAGCCGCUGCAGCAGCAGCAAAACGGCAAGGACGACAAAUACGGAGCGGCCAACAUCUUUGGCCAAAUGAAGCAGGGAACGCUGCACCAGGACCAAAACAAGACCUCUCAGCCUCCACAAAAGUACGACGCGCUCCGUCCGCAGCCGACAGGCUUCCAGCCGGGCGGCGUACAGUUUGGUGGCGGCAUGAUGCAGCCUCAGCAGACUGGCUACAUGGGUAUGGGCAUGCAGCCGCAGCAGACUGGCUUCAUGCAGCAGCAGCCCCACCAGCAGCAGCAGCAGCAGCAGGGCUACAUGGGCCAGCAAUUCACGGGCAUGCCCUAUGGCUACCAGCAGUACUAGAUCCGGAGUCGUCCUCGUGUCCUUCGUUUGUGGAUCCUUUUGCGCUUUCUCCUCAGCUCCAUCUUCUCACCUCAUGACCCUUCAUUAUCUUCCGUUCUUCCAUCCUACGUCGAUUCACUGUUAGGAAAUGCCAUAACGACCUUUUCUCUCCGCUC